AUGGUACCGUUAUGUGGGAAAGGGAAACCAGGGCACUGGCCUGGUGGCAUUGGUGGAAUGUUAGCAGGGGGUGCUGCUGCUGCGGCCGCUAUGUAUGGUGCUCACCAUUUGACUCAUGGUCAUUAUGGUCAUCAUCAUGGGUUCUUUGGUCAUGGAAAGUUUAAGCAUGGAAAAUUUAAGCAUGACAAAUUCGACAAGCGUUGGAAGCAUGGCAUGUUCAAGCGAUGGAAGUGA